UCAUAACAUUGCAUACAUGCAUUUGCAUUUGUUAAAAAGAUAAUAUUGGCACUAACGGGUAAUCUCAUGAUUAGGUUUUGUCACCAGAUAAAAUUUCUGCUUUGAAACUUCGUUAUUACAAGAUGGCAUAUCUGUUUGUUCAAAGAGAAAAGAGUGUGAUGGAUCAAUCAAUUGAGGAUAAAAAAAAGGAAGGAGACAGGUUAAUGCAAAGAAUUGAACUUUGAUCCAUGGGAUCAGUGGAGAUUAUUGAUAACCCAAUUCACAUACUAAAGCAAGCAUUGCAACAAUUCACACAACGAGAAAGAUAAGCAUUUGAGCAGUGAUAUGGGCAAAUGGCUGAUCUGCUCGAUGUAUCGUUCCUCGCCAACAUGAUCCGGGAAAUCCUAAAUUAUUGGGACCCAUUCUACAGUUGCUUCUCAAUAAAUGAAUUGGACUUUUCCCCGCUGCUAGAAGAAUAUCAAUCAAUCCUGCAAAUAAAUAUAAGCCAGCCAUACAAGAUAUAUGUGAACCGGCCAGAUCCAAAUACAAAGAAGGCACUGUCAAGGAUAUUGGGGAUAGACAAAGAAUGAGCUCAAGACAUGAUAUAGUCAAGCGGUGGGCCAGAACGAGUUCAUAUGAAUCAACUCAUGCCAUACCUCAACCGAACAGCGAAAGUCGGAUACCACAUGGAGGCGUUUGCUCUGCUCAUAUAUGGGUUCAUACUCUAUCCCAGUCUGCCCAUCUAUGUCGACAGUUUCGCCAUCAAGGUGCUCCAACAUGAUUUGAUUGACGCCAACCCCAUCACCUCAAUAUUAUCUGAGACUCCCAUCGCCCUUAGUCGAUGUCGUCGAUCCGAAGGGGGUUACUUAUAUGGGUGCACAUCCCUGCUCGUGGUAUGGCUUUUUGGGCAUCUCAACCCCUCUCCUAGUUACGGAAUCCCAGACGUUCAGUAUGCAUUGGUGUACGAUGGCUAUAGAAGAUCAAUUCAAGAAUUCACCAGAGCAUCGCCAACUUACAUACAAGUCGCUGCUAGUCAAUGGAGAAAUUUCUUUGCCUCAUUCGGGAAACAUAAUAUGUCAUGGAAGGCACCAUGGAUGACUGGAGAAUAUAUCCUAUAUGGAUUUGAGAAAAAGCAUUGGAUACCAUUACUGGGGCAACUGGGUAUGUAGCAUAUGCACCAAACAUGUUUAGGAGGUAGGUCGGUUGUCUUCAAUUUACUCCGAUGACCGGCGAGAUGGGAGAGUUGAACUUCACUUACUCAGAUGUGGAUGUGGAAACAAAUAGUAAAAAUGCUAUCAAGUUAUGGAAGCAACCAAGGCUCAUCGAUCAUUCAAUGAGCGAUGAAUGAAUGAUCGAUGAAUACAAUAGAAGAUUCUCAUACCUUCACUCAUCUGUGACUUCAGAAUGAGCGAUGAAUACAAUAGAUGAAUACAAUGAGCGAUGAAUUGAUCUUCUAUUGUCAUCGUACACUAGGGCUGCAAACGAGCCGAGUCGAGUCGAGUUUUUGCUUAGCUUGAGCUCGGCUCGUUUAUUAAUUUUUCAGCUCGAGCUCGGCUCGAACUCGAAUUUUGAUAAUCCAGCUCGAGCUCGAGCUCGGCUUGAAUAAAAAUAAUCUAGCUCGAGCUCGACUCGGUAGAGCUCGAUAAAUGCUCAUUAACAUAGCUUGUUAAGCUGAGUACAAGCUCGGCUCAAGAUGAGCUCGAUUUAAAAUCAUUUUUGCUGGAAAAAUGUAUAAACAUAAGAAUUUAAAUGAUAGAAAGAACACUAGAAACUAGAAAUAACAUCUAAAUUUCAUACACAUCUGUAUUAUAAGACAAUGUUCAUGUUUAAAAGAGUAAUUCAUCCUUCCACAAGCUCAAAACAAGGCAGCUCGCGAGCUUAGCUCGACAAGCCACCGAAUCAAGCUAGCUCGCGAGCUUAUCAAGCUGAGCAUGGUCUAGCUCAGGCUUGGCUCGUUAACUAACGAGUUGGCUCGCGAGUCGGCUUGUUAAAUAACGAGUCGAGUGUCGAACGGGUUUUUUCCGAUUCGAACGCCGAGUUGCUCGCGAGCGGCUUGGCUCAUUUGCAGCCCUAUCGUACACCAAUGCAUACUGAACGUCUGGGGUUCCGUGACUAGGAGAGGGGUUGAGAUGCCCAAAAAGCCAUACCACGAGCAGGGAUAUGCACCCAUAUAAGUAACCCCCUUCGGAUCGACGACAUCGACUAAGGGCGAUGAGAGUCUCAGAUAAUAUUGAGGUGAUGGGGUUGGCGUCAAUCAAAUCCUGUUGGAGCACCUUGAUGGCGAAACUGUCGACAUAGUUGGGCAGGCUGGGAUAGAGUAUGAACCCAUAUAUGAGCAGAGCAAACGCCUCCAUGUGGUAUCCGACUUUCGCUGUUUGGUUUAGGUAUGACAUGAGUUGAUUCAUAUGAACUCGUUCUGGCCCACCGCUUGACUCUGUCAUGUCUUGAGCUCGUUCUUUGUCUAUCCCCAAUAUCCUUGACAGUGCCUUCUUUGUAUUUUGAUCUGGCCGGUUCACAUAUAUCUUGUAUGGCUGGCUUAUAUUUAUUUGCAGGAUUGAUUGAUAUUCUUCUAGCAGCGGGGAAAAGUCCAAUUCAUUUAUUGAGAAGCAACUGUAGAAUGGGUCCCAAUAAUUUAGGAUUUCCCGGAUCAUGUUGGCGGGGAACGGUACAUCGAGAAGAUCAGCCAUUUGCCCAUAUCACUAUUCAAAUGCCUAUUUUUCUCGUUGUGUGAAUUGUUGCCAUGCUUGCUUUAGUAUGUCAAUUGGGUUAUCAAUAAUCUCCACUGAUCCCAUGGGUCGAAAUUCAAUUCUUUGCAUUAACCUGUCUCCUUCCUUUUUUUGAUCCUCAAUUGAUUGAUCCAUCACACUCUUUUCUCCUUGAACAAACAGAUAUGCCAUCUUGUAAUAACGAAGUUCCAAAGCAGAAAUUUUUUCUGGUGACAAAAUCUAAUCAUGAGAUUACCCGUUAGUGCCAAUAUUAUCUUUUUAACAAAUGCAUGUAUGCAAU